UGAAGGGUGAAAGCCGAAAGGUGAUCUUAGCAACCAAAUCUGCAUCGAUCCAACGCCUCUCGAAGGUGUCUGUUCUGCAGCGCCCCUUUCGACAACUCUGCUCCAUCUAGUCUUUGACCGGGAUCGGUUCUGUCGAUUUGCAUAAUGGGACGCAAGGUUACUGUAGCGGUGUCUACCCUGAACCAGUGGGCAUUGGACUUCGCUGGAAAUGUAGCCCGAAUUUUAGAAAGUAUCCGCUUGGCUAAAGAAGCAGGUGCUACUUAUCGGACAGGGCCUGAACUUGAAUUAUGUGGGUAUAGCUGUGAAGAUCACUUUUUGGAGAGUGAUACACUUCUUCACAGUUGGGAGACUUUGCUAGAAAUAUUGAUCUCCCCUGUUGCUGAAGACAUGCUCAUAGAUGUGGGCAUGCCUGUAAUGCAUCGAAAUGUCACUUAUAAUUGUCGUGUUGUAUUUUAUAACCGGAAGAUUUUGCUGAUCCGACCAAAAAUGAUUCUUUGUGAUAGUGGGAACUACCGUGAAUCUAGAUGGUUUACCCCAUGGCAAAAAGAACGUCAAAUUGAAGAUUAUUGCCUUCCCCGAAUUGUGUCAGUGUACACAGAGCAAACUGUGGUGCCAUUUGGAGAUGCUGUUAUUUCUACUGUUGACACUUGUUUAGGCUUUGAAAUUUGUGAGGAAUUGUGGAAUCCCCACAGUACCCAUAUAGGUCUUGCGGAGGAUGGAGUAGAGAUUAUUGUCAAUGGUUCAGGGUCAUAUUUUGAACUCAGAAAAGGCAAUGUCAUUGUAGACCUUGUGAAGUCUGCAACCUCAAAGGCUGGAGGCUGUUACCUGUACAGUAACCUAAGAGGAUGCGAUGGACAGAGAGUCAUCUUUAAUGGCUGCUCAUGUAUUGCUGUCAAUGGUUGUGUUGUAAGCAGAGGCAAACAGUUUUCCUUAAAAGAUGUGGAAGUAACAGUUGCAACUGUAGACCUUGAAGAUAUAAGAACAUUUCGCAAUUCCAAACGUUCCUUAGCAUUCAAGGCUGCUGCUUCUCCAUCCUAUCCUCGGAUUUCUGUUAACAUGGUCUUGGGUCGACAUUCAAAUGAUACUGGCCCUGUGAAUGCUCCUCUUGACUGGAUUUAUCACACACCUGAAGAAGAAAUUGCAUUGGGUCCUGCCUGUUGGCUGUGGGAUUAUUUAAGACGAUCAGGGCAGGGUGGCUUCUUCCUUCCUCUAAGUGGAGGAGUUGAUUCGUCAUCAACAGCCUGUGUGGUUUAUUCCAUGUGUUGUAUGGUUGUAGAUGCUGUGAAAUCAGGUGAUAAUCAAGUACUGGCUGAUGUUCGUAAAAUAGUCUGUGAUGUUGAUUAUACUCCAAUACAACCCCAGGAGUUGUGUAGCAGAAUUUUUUUCACAUGCUACAUGGGGAGUGAAAAUUCAUCUGUAGACACUAAAAAUCGAGCUUCAACUUUGGCUCAACAAAUUGGAAGCUCUCAUACAGGGAUUACAAUUGACUUGGCAGUUCAAGCAGUUCUUGGAAUAUUCACAUCAGUGACUGGACUUGUGCCAAAGUUUGGCUCACAUGGAGGUAGCCCCAGAGAGUCACUGGCUCUUCAAAAUAUUCAGGCACGCUUAAGGAUGGUUUUGGCUUACCUCUUUGCCCAACUCAUGUUGUGGGCCAGGGGUCGUUCUGGUGGACUCCUUGUACUUGGUUCGGCCAAUGUUGAUGAAGCUUUGCGGGGAUACCUGACCAAAUAUGAUUGUUCAAGUGCAGAUGUCAACCCAAUUGGGGGAAUUUCUAAGACAGAUCUUCGCGGAUUUCUUCUCUACAUGCAAGAAAAGUUUAAACUGAAGGUUCUUGCAGAAAUUAUAUCAGCACCUCCCACUGCUGAACUAGAACCUCUUGCACCAGGUGGGAAAAUUGCUCAAACUGAUGAACAGGACAUGGGUAUGACUUACUCAGAGUUAAGUGAAUAUGGCCGUCUUCGGAAGCAAUUCUUUUGUGGACCGUACUCUAUGUUCUGCAAGCUGAUGUCACUUUGGGGAUCUUUCUGUUCACCAGCUGUGAUUGCAGAAAAGGUGAAACACUUUUUCCGGUGCUAUGCCAUUAAUCGGCACAAAAUGACAGUUGUAACACCAUCUGUUCAUGCUGAAAGUUAUUCACCGGACGACAAUCGCUUUGAUCAUAGACCAUUCCUGUACAAUAAUAAAUGGUUGUGGCAAUUCCGUGCCAUUGAUCACAAGGUUGAAGAAAUAGAGAGUGAGAACGCUGAAAAGGCUCAAACAGAAAACAAGAUGACCUCAUCACGUAACACUACUCGCCCUACAGCACAAGUGGCUGCCUCUAUCGCUCCCCUUCUUACUAGAGGGCGAUCUGGUAGUAGUACCCCUGGUGUGGUUGUGUAGCACAGCUGCAUUUGUUUCAGACUGCUCAACAUCAGAAGAAUCACCUCCCAAGAUGAAACGCCACCACAUUUGAAUGAUGUAGUUCAUUAAAAUAGUAAGGAAAAAUAAAUCAGCAGGUUUUAACAUAGAA